UAAGGCACAAAGGACACCUAAUAUUUUGACGUCUGCUGGUCCUCACCGGAGGGUGUGUUUACAUUGUCGUCAGUUUGCCGAAGCGAUCAAGACUUUAUACAACAGCAUCAUGUUUCACGGGAUACCAGUUACAGGAGGCGUGGGAGGAGCUCCGGCCAACAAACCAGAGUUGUAUGAGGAAGUGAAGUUAUACAAAAAUGCAAGAGAACGAGAAAAGUAUGAUAACAUGGCAGAGUUGUUUGCUGUCGUCAAGACCCUUCAGGCCCUGGAGAAGGCUUACAUCAAGGACUGUGUCACACCUAACGAGUACACUGCUUCCUGUUCCAGACUGUUGGUUCAAUAUAAGGCUGCUUUCAAACAGGUGCAGGGCUCUGAUGUGGGCUCCAUUGAUGAUUUCUGCAGGAAGUACAGACUCGACUGCCCAUUAGCCAUGGAGAGAAUUAAGGAGGAUCGGCCAAUCACCAUCAAGGAUGACAAGGGCCACCUGAACCGCUGCAUUGCAGAUAUAGUUUCUCUCUUUAUCACUGUGAUGGACAAGCUGAGACUGGAGAUCAGGGCCAUGGAUGAAAUCCAGCCAGACCUGAGGGAACUGAUGGAAACCAUGAACAGAAUGAGCAACAUGCCUCCAGAUUCGGAGGCCAAGGACAAAGUCAGCCUCUGGUUGACUACCCUUAGCAGCAUGUCAGCUUCAGACGAGUUGGAUGAUAAUCAGGUUCGCCAGAUGCUGUUUGACCUGGAGUCGGCCUACAAUGCCUUCAACCGCUUCCUCCACUCCUCCUAAAGGCAUCCAUCCAUCUCUGAUCCCAUCUGUCUAAAACUAUGACUCUAAUAUCUCUUAAGUUUAAAAAAAGAAAGAAAGGAAGAAAGAAACACUCUACUUUCUCAUUAUGGCUAUUGAUAGGAAGUGGAUUUAUGUCUCAUACCCCCUCUGAAAUUCUUCCUUUCAUUUGUCUCCUAUGUCCUUUAUUCAUAUUCUGUACUAUUGAAACUUCACCGCCUUGUAUACUCAAUUGUGUCUGGUACAUCAUGCUGCCUGCAGCCUUGCCCACACAGCUCGCCCUCUGCCGUGAAACACUCCAUUGGCCUCUUUUCUAGCUAAACUUGUGUCAGAAAUCCUUUAACAUUGGCUGUUUAUUCCGCCCUUGACAAAACAGUUUACUUCUAACUUUGUACUGUAAUAUCAAAAAGGUCUAAUUUUAUACUUAAGUUUUGCAGAGCACAAACAAAUAACCAUGAUACAAAAAUAUAUUGGGCAAAGUCUGCACAUGAAAAAAGAUUGCAACAGCCAAAGCCUUUGUAUUAUUGGAAAGAUGAAUAUAUAUAUUUUUUUCUUUUUGGUACCCUAAUUCUAACCUGCCACUUGAAGUCAUAUUAGCAUUUUUUGUCCUGUACAUCAUGUUUGUUUUUCUAUCAUACACAUUUUACUGUACAAUACUAUACAAUAGGUUUUGUCGAUUAAAUAAAAGAAGCUGACAUAGGUUGUCACUUAGGCUACAAAUUAAUAAUUAUAUUGAAACUAUGGUGGAAGGAAUUAUUUGUGUACAUUUUCCCUGUUUUCUGUUAACAUACCUAAUCCAUAUUUCCUUUAGAAGUGAGGGUUUGGCCACAUUAAGUGGGUAAAAGCAAGGUGGACACACCCCCUCCUGAUUUUGCUUGCUAAAUAUGUUUCAGCUCUCAAGCACCAACAGGGAGAACAUAUUUAUUAAGAUGUAUCAUUGUAAAUAGUUUGAUUUUUAAAUAAGAGCAUGUAACACCUUUUUAGAAAUAAAGUUGAAAAAUCUACCUCCAA